AAAGUCGCUGAAUUGUCUGAAGAAGUAGAAAAGGCGUUGGACAAGAUCAAUAGCUCUGAAGAGAAGAAACAAAACGUCUCACUUGGCCCCGCUGUCUUUGUUGUACCUACUGCUAUACUCCUGUCGAUUGUCUCUGCAGGCAUCGCUGUUGUGGGGAAGUUCCCAUUCAUCUGGAUCUUCCUUGUCUUUGCGUCCAUUUGCUUCUGGAUGUCACACCAGUUUGCGCCGAAAGGAAGUUUCACGACGGUUGCAGUUGUCUUGAACUUUGUGUUACUGAAUUUGUUUUUGGUGAGCAUCUCUGCGAGUGUUUUGAUGGGUUCGGUGCUUCAGAUCUUCCUUGGGAUUUAUAUUUCACUAAUGCUCUUCUUGUGGGGAGGUAGUCAGAUGCUGAAAACGUCGUUUCUGAACUUCUUCAUAGUGUCGUUCUCAUUCUGCUGCUUGGCGUGUUGGUGUGUGUUCAUGUUACAACCCACAUUUGAGUGCUCUGUGACGACACCUAUGAAACAGAACCAACUCUUCAAAGAGUAUUUGACGUACAAUUCAUCGGAUGAGGUCCGAUUCAAUUUGUCGAGUGAGGUGCCGUGGAACUGUUUCCAACCCCGAUUGGAAGCCGUUGGGAAGAAAAUCAAGUUCAAACAGUAUGACAGUGUCUAUGGGAUUAUAGCAGAGGAAAACACCUUAGACACUGAUUUUGUUCAAGUGAAUUUGGUGUGUUCUUCUAUCAGAAUGAAGUGUGUGUCUUAUACGAUAUCGAAGCAGCUCGAAUGA